CUUUCAGAAUCUUGAAUGGGGACUGGAAGAUGUGUCUGGUGAAGACCGUAUCUUUGUUUCUCUUGCUGUUAGGGAGCAGCGACCCCUCUUCCUGUUGGAAGUCCGUCUGCUUUUGCAAAUGGCCAGAGAGGGUCUGCUGAAGCCUGUAAGCCUCGCCUGGGAUCUAAUGGGCUGAGAAGUUGCUCUGGUCAGACAAACCUCUCAUGUAAUGGAAGGUCGAAUUUUUUAUAAAGUUGAAAAAAUCAUGAACUUGUAGUCUGACAGCUGAACUCAGCAGACCUUGCUUAAAAGAGCCUGUAAUACUAAUUCUCUAAACUAAAACGCCGAGUGGAGCUGCAGUUAACAAACUCCUACCCUUCCAGCCUGACUCAGUCUGCAAGAGGCAGCAUGCCGAACUGGGGAGGCGGUAACAAAUGCGGUGCCUGCGGCCGGACUGUCUACCACGCCGAGGAGGUGCAGUGCGAUGGGAGAAGCUUCCACAGGUGCUGCUUCCUCUGCAUGGUCUGCCGGAAGAACUUGGACAGCACAACUGUAGCGAUUCAUGAUGCUGAAGUUUAUUGCAAAUCUUGCUAUGGAAAAAAGUAUGGCCCAAAAGGUUAUGGAUACGGCCAAGGGGCAGGCACACUGAACAUGGACAGGGGAGAGAGACUAGGUAUCAAGCCUGAGAGCACACCCUCUCCCCACCGACCCACAACAAAUCCAAAUACUUCAAAAUUUGCUCAGAAAUUUGGAGGUGCAGAGAAAUGCUCUAGAUGUGGUGAUUCUGUUUACGCAGCUGAGAAAGUAAUAGGUGCUGGAAAGCCAUGGCACAAAAACUGCUUCCGAUGUGCCAAGUGUGGAAAGAGUCUAGAAUCUACAACCUUAACUGAAAAAGAAGGAGAAAUCUAUUGUAAAGGUUGUUAUGCGAAGAACUUUGGCCCCAAAGGAUUCGGAUACGGUCAAGGAGCAGGUGCCCUUGUUCAUGCUCAGUGAGGGAGCACAACUUAGAAUCUGUUAUGGCUCUUCUGAGACUCUUCUGCAAGAAAACAGUUUCCUAAAUGUUACUAACUACUGUGAAAUGGAUGCUAGUUUAAUAUAGUAUUUGGGCCAAGUUUUUAGCAGGCAUUUAAAAAAAAAAACACUGUUCUCCCUUUGCUUUAUUUACCACAUUUUAACACUUAAUAUUGUAUAUCAAUUCAAUAAAGUUCUG